AUGCGCUCCAAGCGAUAUCACCCGAGGUUCAAUCCUAGUCCUCGACUUUGUAUCUUUGUUUCAGGAACCAGGACAACUGAGAUUCUGCAUAUGGAACGGUCAAUCCAACUGAUGCAACAAUGGUUGGAGGCGGAAGAACAGGGGAGUGUGGCUCAUCUUGCAGUGGCAGCAGCCACUUCCUUUUCGUUCAUGCAUUACUACAUUCGUGAGGAUGCGGAGGGAGCACUGGAGGAGGGGGUGAAGUUGUUCAAGGCAACCCGACAGAAGGCAGAGAACGCCGGAUGGAUCUCAUCCUUCGGCAUGGAGAGGACUCUAUUCGUCGUCGGCGAAACCCUUUGCCACCGAUAUGCGAAGGGUGGAUCUGACGAUGACCUCGCCGAGUCGGUUCAACUUCUUCUUGAUAUCUUGAAUCUCUUCACCCCCCAAGAUAGUUUCUGCUUCACAACCCUUGACACUCUUGUCCUCUCGACGAUUUUCAAUCUAGCUCGGACUAUCGAAUCUCCUGAGAUCUGGCUCAAAUGCCUCAGCGGCCUUCAUGAUAUCGUAUGUGUUUACAUUUCGGGAGAAUCUAACGGAGCCGAUCUUCCCGACGUCUUGUUCGAAACUCUAGAUGCGUGUCUUUCUGCACCCACGUCCCGCGCGGCAUGUGUUCUUCACAUUGCAGAUCUCUUUCACAGCGGGGGGAAAUGCGACGAAUUGCCCUACUACGAUCAAUUUUGUUCCGAUGAUGAUGUGACGAACAACGCUUCGCUCUGGGUUGAUUCCUGGGAGGAUGAUCGUCGUGGCCUACGUGAAGCAAUAUCAAAUGGACAUAUUUCUCCUCAUCUCGUUUUCAGGUUCAAAGCAAUUCUGGUUCACCGCCCGAUCACAUCCGGCAGGAUCCUGUUCCGUGCCCCAAAUCCUGUAGAGGUACACGACUGUUCCUUUGAAUUUGAGGUAUUUCCAAUGAAUGGGCGCCCGGAUACGAUGUCCCAAGUUUCUCUGGAUCACACGGCCUUCAUACGAGUGGUAGAGAAAUUUUGCAAACCCAUGUCUCGCGAUGAACUAUCUUUUUAUAUCAACGACAUCAGGGAGUUCAACCCACCCGUUUUCUCCGCUGUCCCACGCCAGUGGACUCAAUCGCCCUGUAUUCGUGCAUGUCUUCUUAGGACCCGAUACGUUCAGAAUCGUCAUUAUCAAGAUUUAAAGGAACUAGGAAGUCUGAUGCUCACGGUCCACCUAGAAAGAGAGCCAGGGUACUCAAACAUUCUUUGCUUUGUUGCAAAUGAAUAUAGGGAUGAAGAGACUGUGAUGACGUCCGUUGACAUCGCUGCCCCCCUUUUUCAGGAAUACGUCAAGGUUCAGGUUCGAGGCUCUCCGGGACAUUUUCUAGGUGUUGUUGGGCUGGCGUCAACCCUUAUGUUGUCGUCAUUUCAUCAUGAGGCCGCAGUUACACUAGCUGCAUCGCUCGAGAUCCUCAGGGAGGCACUUCCUUCUGGUGCAUCUUGGAUCACAGCGCGUAAAACAGUAAUCCUUGGCCGAAUGUUGAACUACCGGGUCAGACAUUUUUCCGCCUCCAAUGACGCGCUGACAAAAUCCAUCCCGAUCCUUACGCGCAUCCUCGAUCUUCUUCCGCCUCAACCGCCCCCAUAUGUUUCUAUCCUGGAACUCCUAGUGGUUUCAACGGCACUUGCCCUAUCACAGCGGGUGUCGGGGAAGGACUGGCACGACGCAAUGACCUUUCUUGCGAAAGGGUUAGAGCUGUAUGUCACUAGCAAUGUCGCUAGCAACGAUGGCGAACCGGAAUCGUCAAAUUCUUAUUCGAAAAAAGAAUUGGACACUCUAAAUCUGUUAUUCAACAGUAGUUUGGAUGGUCUCUACCGGUUUACGCUUGGAGUUGAAGCUAUGUGUUUAAUUCACAUGGCGGACGUUCUUCAGUAUAGCGCUUUUGAUGUUUUGCAUCACCCCCAGUCACUCCUUCUAUCGUUCACGAUAUACCAACGAAGCCUGCGUCUGCCACUGAGUAGCAAGUUGUCUGAUGAUGCGCAGUUCCUGGAGCAAAAUGAUCUUAAAUGGGCCUGGGAAGAUGAGCGCGAGGCCUUGCGCAAGGCCAUCACGGCGUCUGUGCACCACACAAUCCCCCCAGUUGACUCUCUACCAAAGAGUUCGUACACGUUCGAAUAUAGGGUUCUUCGCGAGGGUAACACCAAGUCUUCUGAACAUAAAUGUAUCUUUCGCUACUACCCUAUCGAGGGACAUCAAGAAACUUUCGAUGAUGCGCGUUCGGACCUCCACGACUUGCAACUAGAAAAAAACUUUCGCCUUCCGUGGCCUGAGGACCUCAUUGCAUUGCCGGCGUCAAGCGAUUCCUCAGUUCCAGGCUUGCCAACAAGCAGUAUAAUUCCUGGAAUUGACAAGUUUCUCUCAAGCAACGAAAACGUUCUGUUCCUUCCGCUGGAGCAACGAACUAUUAAAGCACUUCUUCGGCAUCUUGGUUCCAAAGUUCGUCAUACUGAGAAUCACGUUUUUGACGCAACCGAAACCUUGAUUAAUCAAUCAUCCAAGAGAUUUUAUAUGGACCCGAGCGAAUUAGUUCUCGAGACCCGUAUGCGGCGCCUCAAGGACGGGUCCGCUUAUCUUGCACGGGCGGGGCCUAUCCAGGCUCUCAUUUCAAAAGGACCAGAAAAAUGUUUAGAGCUUGUUGACAGAUCUCGUGCUCUAUUUUGGACGCGGCUGUUACGGCUACGAACCUCAUUUGAUGGUUUGCCGGAAGGUCUGGCGCAGCAACUUCAACAAACCGCCAUCGAGCUUGAUCAUUGCAAGGGACAAGUGAAUUCCAGUGUCUCAAAAGCCGAGGCUAAAGAGCAGAUGAAGCUAGAGACCUCGUUUGAAAGGCUUGUGGAUCAGGUCCGCGCUAUCCCCGGAUUCAAGGAUUUCCUGCUACCGAAAACGUAUGAUAUUCUAAUGAAGGUCGCAUCAGAAGGGCCAGUUGUGGUACUGAUUGGAAAUUCGUCAACAUAUGCCGCCCUGCUCAUUCGCCAGUCUGGUAUUGACGCAAUUUACUUAUCUACACUCACAGAGAAUGUCCUGGAAAACCUGUUGAUUGGGAUACAACAAGCUAAUCGAGCGUCUCGUUCUAUUUUACAGCAGGAAGAGUAUGUCUCAGAACAAGAAAGGGGAGGCAAGCCCAAAUUUUCAGCCCGCUCCCUGCCCGCUUAUGCAAAGAUGCUUGGUGGCUUAUGGCAGCACAUAGCAAAACCAGUUCUCGAACGCUUGGGCGCCACCUCGAAUGUAGAUCCGAUGAAGCGCACGCGUCUUUGGUGGUGUCCCACUGGUCCCUUUGGAUUUCUUCCUCUCCACGCUGCGGGGUUAGGUUUCGGCACACCCAACGUCGAAUGUGUUUCAACAUACGCUGUUUCUUCUUACACACCAACUAUUUCAGCCCUCCUCUCAGCUCGUUCAAAGCCUUCCACGCUUCUUAGCUCACAGCUCAAGAUGCUAGUGUUAGCCCAACCAACGACCAAAGGUCACACAAGUUUGCCAAUGACGGUGAACGAAGUAAAGGUUAUUGAACAAUUUACCCCUCCCAACCAACUUCUUCGGUUGGGUGAGGCUGGUACACCACUGACUAUUUCUAAUUCAAACCGCACUGUAGAAGAUGCGACCACUCACCUCGCUCAAACUUCAAUUCUUCAUCUUGCUUGUCACGGUCAUCAAGACCGAGGUGAUCCUCUGAAUAGCGGCUUUGAGCUUGAAGAUGGGCGGCUGACGCUUGCUAAAUUGAUUGGCUGCCAGACGCCCAACGCAUUUCUCGCCUUUCUUAGUGCUUGCGAGAGCGCAUCGAACGACCUGUCAAUUCCGGACGAAACUCUUAACCUCGCAGCUGCUAUGAUUUACGCCGGCUUUCGAAGUGUUAUUGGCACAAUGUGGACGAUGGACGAUAAUGACGGGCCUGAAAUCGCGCGAACGGUAUAUGAGGAGUUGUUUAAAGACCCCGAUCAAGAAGUGGACCCGAAAUUGAUACCAUAUGCACUUGAUUUAGCAGUCCGGAGAUUACAAGAGAAAGGAGUUCACCCAAGCCGAUGGGCUACAUAUAUUCAUCUCGGUGUUUGAUUCCCUCAUUCUUCAAUUUUGGCUACUUAGAUCCACGAUAUACAUUAGUCUUUAGUC